UACUUAUCACAAUGAAUCAUAAUUUCUGUGUGUAUUUAAGAAUUGUUGUAUUUCUUCCACUCAUUUAAACACAUUAUCUAUCUACAUUCUGUAUAAGAAGUGAAAAAUGGCAGAAACAAAGUUGAGUUGCUUCAAAGACAAGACAUGGUCACUCCAUGGCAUGACAGCUCUAGUUACAGGAGGAACCCGUGGCAUAGGGCAUGCAAUUGCAGAAGAGUUAGCAGAAUUUGGCGCAGCUGUGCAUGUAUGUGCCCGUAAACAACAAGAUAUUGAUCGGUGUUUGGAAGAAUGGAAUAACAAAGGACUUCGCAUAACAGGGUCAGUGUGCGAUGUACAAUCUCAGGACCAACCUAAAAAUUUGAUGGAAAAUGUUGCAUUCAUUUUCCAGGGAAAACUCAACAUUCUGAUAAACAAUGCUGGAAUAUCAACACCUAAGAACCUUGUAGAUUAUAGUGGAGAAGAUGUAAGUAGAAUAAUGGGAACUAAUUUUGAGUCUAGUUUCCACCUAUGUCAACUAUCACAUCCACUUCUCAAGGCAUCUGGAUAUGGGAGCAUAGUAUUCAUAUCUUCCAUUGGAGGUCUUAAAGCUUUCCCUUUAUGUUCUGUCUAUGCUUCCUCUAAAGGAGCUAUGAAUCAAUUCACCAAGAACGUGGCAUUGGAAUGGGCAAAGGAUAAUAUUCGUGCAAAUUCUGUAGCACCUGGACUUGUUAAGACUGCACUUACGGAUGCUAUAGCAGAAUCUGUUGAUGAAGGGAGUAAAAUGUUUGAAACUAUGAUAUCUCAAACACCAGCUGGUCGUAUUGGAGAACCUAAGGACAUAUCAUCAAUAGUUGCUUUCCUUUGCCUUCCAGCUGCUUCAUACAUCACUGGACAAAUUAUAACUGUAGAUGGGGGUUACAUAAUCUAAUCUGUUAUGUAAAAGAUUAUUACCGGUAUAAAGUAAAAUAAA